AUGAGUAGUACACAAUCUAAUAUCCCCAAACAACCUGCCAAAGGUUCAGGGGAUCAUGACAAACCUCCUGAAAGUGGAACAGUCAGUCAAGUGUCGUUAAAUCUGGCCAGUACGAGCCACGAUGACGACCACGUGGGCCCGAAGGCAGAAUCAGAUUCUCGGUCCUUGCCAAGCCAUCUGUCUAAUCAUCUCAAUUCUCAGUUCUCUACCUUCAAUAAAGAUAAUGUGUUGAAUGAGGACAUUCUUGAUGAUCACCCCAUACCUGGAUCCAAAACGUUGCUUUACAAGUAUGAGCGUAAUUUUGCCGAUGCUAAAGGGAAGCUCUUCGGAGACCCCUUUUGCAACACGCUUCUCGCCGGGGGUAUAUUCUUGUUGGGCAGCAUUCGGCUCCCAAGAAAAAGAUUAAUUUCUUUAGAAACCAGCCUUUCUCGCAGCAGCCCUUUCAUGGUGAGCCCUCAGGUAAGCCCAGUUCGUCUGGGGGCGGAUUCAGAGUUCAGGCAUCCUUCAAUCCCAGGAGAGGAGGGAAAGACUGUGGUGGCAAAAGAGGAAGAUCCUCAGGACCAUAUAGAGGACGCCAUUAGGAGGAGACCUGGCUGAAACUCCCACAUUCCAGAUGUCCAGCUUGGACCAAGAUUAUCCGUCCGGUUGCAGUCUUAGUUGAGACAGUUUUUGUAGUUCGCAUUCGCAUUCGGUACAGUGUACUCAGAUCUGGGUUACUUGUCACCUUAAUUUGGGACAUCCCAAAUAAAUGUUUGAUUGAAGCUCUUUUCUUAGUUGUUUUUAGCACUUCGGCAUAAUGAAGAAGGGCUUUUGGGUAAUUAGGUCUCCUUCUCGUUUCACGAGAUUGUAACC